AUGGCUCCUUCUAUGACAUCCGACCAAGUGUCUAUUCCCCAGGGUGAAAAUGCCCCUCAGACUCAGGUCACUCUCGGUGGAAAGGUUAUCGCUAUUACUGGCGCCAACCGGGGUAUCGGCCUUGGUAUCGCCGAGUGUUGUCUAUCCAACGGCGCAGACAAAGUCUACUCUAUUGACAUUGGGGAGACCGGUGACGAUUUUGCUGCUGUCUCCAAGCGCUACCCCGGUCAGCUUUUUGCCGUAACCGCGAAUGUGACCGAUGAAUCGACAAUCACGGCUGCAACUGAUAAGAUCAUCAAGGAAGCCGGUACCUUAAGCGGAAUGGUGGUUAACGCUGGACGUACACACCAUAAGGCUGCUCUCGACUUCACCAAGGAAGAUAUCGAGAAUCUAUUCAAUGUCAAUCUCUUCGGAGCUUUCUACACCGCACGCGCUGCCGCUCGUGCGUUUAUUAAGCUCGGAGUGAAGGGCUCUGUUGUUUUCACAGCGUCAAUGGCUUCUUACCGCCCCAAUAAGCGCGUCCCUUCCACUCCAUAUGGUGCCUCCAAAGCCGGCGUGCGCAACAUGACCCACACGCUGGCAAUGGAGUGGGCGCAAUAUGGGAUUCGCGUCAACAGUGUCUCGCCCGGUCUGCCGGACUGGGAGCAGCAGUUGAAGUAUUAUGGUGGAUUCCCCAGAUUGGCCGAGGUGCAGGAGCUCGGCGGUGCCUAUGUCUAUCUUCUCAGUGAAGCUGCCAGCUACACUGCCUCCAUUGACAUUCCGGUGAAUGGAGUGAUUGGAAGUGAGUAA